UAUACUGUGUCCUUGUAUAGGGCAUCUUAGGUAAGUUAGUUCUCUGACACUAUUAUUACAUAUACUCCAUGUGGUUAUAGUAGACUGGAGAAUGGCUACAGUAAUAUUUAUCUGCUGUCUGCUGGGAAGUGUUCUCUUGUGUAUGGACAGACUUUAAUUCGACUGAGAUCCUUCGGUGAGCACAUUCACACUGACCACACUGGAGAUAUCAUCUCGUUCUCCGAUGUUGGGUCAGGAUCUGAUUUCGUUGUUCCACCAAGUCCCUGGUUGUGCACCACCUUAGAUAUUAAUAACGUUGAGUGGCAGUUUCCUGAUGGGACUGCAGUGGGAAGAUAUGCAGGGCGUCCAGUUGGGGCCGAACUGGUCACCUUAGAAAGUAGUGGUCUUGGCAUUAUUCUGUAUCGUGGACCCACGCACUUCAGUCCUGAUGGAGAACACUGCUGUGUGAGGACUACCACCAAUGAAAGGAGAUGUGUCACCUUCAGUGAGUGGUUUGAGUGACCAUUGGUAGCAUCAAGGGCGUAUACGCCCUUAAUUGGUAGCAUGCAGUUGUCAAGCUCACUCAUAUUAAAUUAUUGGUUUUCGUUCUUUUUCUUUUAAUGUGUUGUGUACCCCUCCCAUGGAUAUGCACAGCUCCCUGCCCCACACUGCCUCCCCUCACUAAUGGAAGUAUCUCAUACAACCCAACCACCAACAUGGCCACCUACAGCUGUGUCACUGGGUACACCAUCAGUGGAGCUACUCCGAUAACUUGUACGAGUGAUGGUACUACUAGUGCUGGUACCUGGUCUCCAACACCACCUACAGUCAUUUGUACAAUCGUCACCUGCCCUGUCCUAACCUCCCCUACCAAUGGAGCCUUGUCCACCACUAGUCAGGACUACCUCACUGUUGUUAUAUACAGCUGUGAUACUGGCUACAUCUUCACUGGUAAUAGUGGUAGUGCUAGAACAUGUCAAGCUACAGGUCUGUGGUCAGAAGAGGUAGAAACUUGUCCACCUGUUGACUGUGGUUCCCUAGGUCAUCCCUCCAAUGGAACCACCUUUAAUCGAGUGGCCACUUACACCUGUACCAGUGGGUACAUGAUUAGUGGUGCUACCAACACUAGAACCUGUCAGGCUACUGGAUCUUGGAGUCCUUCUCAACCCACCUGUGAACCUGUUGACUGCAAUGAUCUUCCUGACCCAUCCAAUGGAGCAGUGAGUACAUCCUCUGGAACCACCUUCAGGAUGACUGCUACCUACACAUGUAACUCUAGAUACCUACUUAUUGGUGAUACUAGUCGAACUUGUCAAGCUACUGGGUGGAGCGACAAUGCACCAACCUGUCUAUUGACUUGUUUUGACCUCGGCAAUCAAGCUAAUUCAGACAUAUCGUAUAAUGGUGGAACUAGUAACCUCAGACCACCUGACACUGUGGCCAUCUACACCUGUGUCAAUGGUUACAAGAUUGAUGGUACCGCUAGUGACACCAUGAUUACUCGGAGCUGUCAUACCAAUGGACUGUGGAGUGGUACCACACCAAGUUGUGAAUUAAUUUGCCCAACUUUCCCUAAUCCAACAAAUGGAGUCAUUCAAUACAGUGAUUCCAUUAUCCCCCGAGCAACAGCCUCCACCGCUAGCUACAGUUGCACAGCUGGCUAUCUAUUCAGUGGGACAGCAAUGAGGACAUGUACUACCAGUGGAUGGAGUAAUAGCACGACUCCUACUUGUACAGCCACCUGUGAUGACCUCACUGUACCAAACAAUGGAACCAUCAGCUACAAUCCAAUCUCCUCGCCCAGGUUAGUGGGAGCCGUGUCUACACACAGCUGUGCUGUUACUGGUUACCAACCAUCCAAUGGACCUGAUCGGGUGUGUCAGUCUGACAGAAUGUGGAGUGGAGGUGUCAUCACUUGUCAAAUUAUCAGCUGCGGCUCCCUGUCUAUAAGUAAUGGAGCAGUGGACACAUCCUCUGGAGUCACUUUUGGGAAUACAGCUACUUACAGCUGUAAUGGAGGGCACAUCUUAGUUGGGUCAAAUACAAGAACAUGUGAGGCUAAUGGAAACUGGAGUCCAGGCGCUCCAACCUGUUUAGCCAUACAAGUGGUGAUCAGCCCCAGUGGUAUUCCAAUGGCUGGUCAGAGUUUCUCCCUCACUUGUUCCCUGACUGGAGGGGCCUCUCUACAACCCACCCUCUCCUACCAGUGGACGAGGGAGGGAGGGUCACUCAUGCCCAGCACAGCAACCCUCAACUUUGACAGUCUCUACUUGUCAGACGCUGGUCAGUACAGCUGUCAGGUCAUCCUCACCUCCAGUCAGCUUGAGGGGGAACACACUGUAGCUGCUCACUACACCAUUGAGUUCAUGAGUAUGCAUAUUCAAAUUCGUCUAGAGGGAAUAACAAACUGCAGAGUAUACACUGAACAAGACGCUGGUAUGAAAACAGAUGACAUCACCAAUAGUCUAACACAAGGCAUUGAAAGCCAGUGUGCCUGUGGAUUUAACUCUUCCCUCGUUUUGAAUCCCUUUAUUAUUUGUUUCGAUGACUCCCCUAGUCAUGUGACCUACAGAGCUGUGCUCACUGGAACAGAGAGUAUAUCCACCAUACAACUGGCUAGGCUAAUGGAACAGUGAAUUGAGAAUGAUCCAAUCGUUGUGGUGCAGAGAGCAGGCCUCAGUGUGACUAACAGCUGUCCAGUUGUCAUUGCUAACCUCAAUAGUCCAGAGUGCCCUGAGGAUAUCACUAAUCGGAUGCAGAUGGCUACUCCAACUGCAACCUCUUCUACUACCUCACUCACAGAGAGUGUAGUGGUCAGUGUUGGUGCAGUGGCUGGUGGGGUAGUUGCUGGAGUCUUGGCCAUUGCUGUGCUAACACUAAUUGUAAUGUUUGUACUGUUGUUACUGAGACAACGGAGGUCUGGAUCCAAGGACAUGAUUGAUGAAAGGACAGGCAGUCAAGCAACAGAACUACCCCCAGUGGUGAUGAGUCAUCUCCCCUCCCAUGAUUACGAGGAGUUGAGCGAACUAGAGGAUGAGGCUGCUUAUGAGGUGAUGGACCCCCCUCCUCCUACAGACUACCAGCUCACUGCCUGUGUAGCUUAUGCACCGACUGACUUCAACACAGAGAACAAGUAGACAUGCACAACCAUGCUUUAAUCGUGUUUUUUUUUCAAUGUUGUGUAUACAUAAUUAUAAUUAUAUAGACUGAUCAGGAUUUUUUGUUUUAUUAAUUGUAAA